GUAAGUAGUCUGCCCGCAUUGACAAAUUUCGACAAGUUUUUUUUCUGUUGAAGUGUUUUCCCGGAAUUACCGUCCUUCCCAGAACUACGACCAUCGUUCGUAUCCUAUUACCGAAAAUAUAAGUGUCAUAAGGCGAAAGAAGAUUAUCCAUUGGGAGAGAAAAGGCUUAUUCGUAGAAGUCCCAAACGACAUCGUAACUGCAACAAAAUGGAUGGGUAGAUCAAAGUUGAAGAGAAAGAAAUGGACGAAAAACUUGGAGGACGAGCCAGUAGACUCAGGGGUACCGAUACCGAAUUUACCGGCGAAGUUUCUUCUGAUGCACGUGAAAAGCGGCACGAAGAUCAGAAACGUUCUUGGACACGCGUUGAAAGAGUUUCCGAAUUACGGAAGCGUCGUGUGGACCGCGGCGGGCCAAGGGGUUGGAAAGGCCAUUUCUUGCGCGGAACUGUUUAAGAAGAAACACGAAGGACUGCAUCAGAUCACGAGAUUACGUUACGUUCGGUCAAAGAAGUCCGAAGCGGAGAACAAAAAUGGCGCGAACACGGAUACUCGCCACGUGCCGGAAAUACACAUUUUACUGGCGAAAGAAAUAAAAGAUACGUCCGAGUCUGGUUAUCAGGCGCCCGACGAUCGCGGAGAAUUCGUGAACGAUGAAGAAAUGAAAAACACGAGGAAAGGUAGGGGACACGAGGCUGGUGGUAAUGUGACCUGCAUCGACGCCGAGGAAUUCGCGGCAAUGGGAUUGAGAAUCGGUCAGAAAAGACCAAAGAAAGAGCAGCAGGCGGAAGCGCCGCCGAGGAAAAAUAAAAAGCGGAGAAACAAUGAUCGAUAACGAAAGA